AUGGCAUCCGAACACGUUAAACGAGAGUCCAUUAGGCUACUCACUUUCAACACUUGGGGUCUAAAAUUAGUUUCAAAGUUCAGAAAGCAAAGAUUGAGGGCAAUUGCCGAUAAACUAGCGGAACCGCAGGAUGAAAAUGACGACUAUGACAUUGUUGCAUUGCAAGAAGUUUGGUGCGAGGAAGAUUGGGAAUAUUUAGAUCAAGUUUGCAGGAAGCGGUACCCGUUUAGACGGUUUUUCAAGGCGGGUAUUAUUAGUGGCCCAGGAUUGUGUGUUUUAUCAAAGGUGCCUAUUUCAGAGACGUUCUUGUAUCGAUUUCCCAUCAAUGGACGACCAUCAGCGUUUUUUAGAGGUGAUUGGUUUGUUGGAAAAAGCAUUGCCGUAACUAUGUUUCAACAGCAUCACCCUGGAGCUUUGCCAAUAGCUUUGUUAAAUAGUCACAUGCAUGCACCUUAUGGUCAUGGGGAUGCAAGCUAUUCAACCCACAGGGCAUGUCAAGCCUGGGAUUUUGCCAAAAUAGUUCGAAUGUUGAAAAAGGCGGGGUUUGCAGUAAUUCAAGUUGGUGAUCUCAAUUCCAAACCUGAGUCAUUGCCUUACAAAAUAUUCACUAUCGAGGGAGGCUUGAGCGAUUCGUGGAAUGUAUUGCAUGGGGAGAAAAUUAUUCCUACCCAACAGUUGGAGCGAUUGUCCCCAGAGGAGCAAGUGCUACAUGGAGGAGUAACGUGCAACUCACGAUUGAAUACUUGGAGAAAAGAGAGGCCUAUGACCGAUGCUUGUCGACUAGACUACGCUCUUAUAGAUCCCAAUUGUAUAAUCCCGCUAGAUGCAAAAGUCAAGUUCACAGAAACGUUGCCCCCGCCGUUGAGGUGUUCGCUUUCGGACCAUUUUGCAUACUUUGUCGAAUUAAAAGUGCGGCCAAGAGGCUCACAGUCGGAUAAACUUGAGCUUCACUCAGCAGCACAUAGAGAGGCAGUUUAUAAAGAGCUACUCCUGGAAGUCAACCACUACAGGACUCACACAAUACCGUUUCAAGCAGGCUGGAGAAAGCUUCAUUUCAUAUUGUCCAUUUUAAUCGUGAUUGGAAUGCACGUUGCCAUCGUGUUUGUUUCGAAUGUCGCGGGAUGGAGUUCGGUAUUGUUUUUAUUUGCAACAUCCGUUAUUCUUGUAACAGGCUUGUUGAAUGGGUUGAUUUGGGCACUUGGCGUUAGAUCCGAACUGAGAGCACUUCAAGAGGUGACAUUGGAAGUAAAAGAUGCUUACGUUUAUUUGAAAGAUCACGCACACAAUGACCAGUAUUGA